CUAAAAAUGAGUUAGGGAAGGGACGGUUUCCGUCGACACUGCUGAACGAAUGUACGUAGGGGCCAACAAGACAUAGGGCUAGUAUGUGAAGUUUAUGCUGCGCUUUGUACGAUCUUCAAGUCAACUUUACUGUUAUUCUAGCAGACACUGACGGCUUGGAACUACUACAAGAGACCAUGACACCAACAUUAACGGAGUAAGAACCUGCUAUUGACGCAGUGACUGAGGCAUCAUUCCUUGUACGCGAGAAAGUCAGGACACUCCACUCCAAGUCGCUUGCGCUGUCUUCAACAGCAAUCAGCCUUUACUGAACCCACGGCUAUGCAUUUUCAAUCUAUAAAUUGCCAUUGAAAGAAAACUGCCAAAUCAGCAUGAGGGUGACUUGAGAAUACCAAAUCCCACACCAUGACUACUUCUAAAGAGGUGGAGAUGGGAUGCGAUCAUCAACCAACUACGGAAGCUCCAAGACAGGAAGAUGGAGAGGGCGUGGUGGUCAGAGUUAAAGCCGAGCCACAUCAGGCAUCAAAGCGAGAGAUACGUUGCAAGUGGGUUUUAUGCGCGGGGGCUACGGCACUCGUUCUAGCGACAGUCUCGGUUAUUAUGUAUUUAGGAAUCACCAAUGAAGGUCCACAGACCGAGGUGACGACCAAACCACCAUAUGGAGAAAGAGGAGGACUUUCAGCAACCUGCCUGCAACUUCAAGACACCCCACUAGAUACAGUGGACCCUAGACUUUACUUCAACGAGUCCACCUUACUGAAUCAAGUCGCACCACCACAGCGCACCGGGACCUUACGGGACGCUGGUGCGUUACCCACCGGUCACUUUGCCUGUAAUCAGAUCAACCACGGACCUCUCACACCAAUCAGGCAGUUCCCUCACUCGGCAAUAAUGUCCGAUAAGGGAAUCACGUAUGAUGCGUACACUCUCUAUGGAUGGAACCAGACUAGUAGACAAGACCCAUUUUAUCAGCUGACACCGGGGAUGACCGAUGCACCUUGGGAGAAAAUGGAGUCCGUUGGUGUAGGGAUGAAGCAGAUGGUCUCGGGACCGGAUGGAGCACCCUUUGCCGAAUUCACCGGUUUGUCUGGUAUACGUGUCGGGAUAGCCGACUCCGGAGAACCGACCCUUACAGACUUUGGUGAGAUGUAUGCAGACUUCAUGUACAUGGAUACCCAUAGUGGUACUAUGGAGUUACCCAUAGUCAGAGGUGCUGCAAUGUUGACUCAUAUCUUCACUGGUGCCAACCCGGUGGUGUACCCGUACUGUCUGGUAGCUGUCAAUGGAGAAGAUGCUGACUAUGAAUGCCCAGAAGAGCGAUCAACUGCUGAUAGAGGAUCUGCAUACAUCCAUGCCUCAUGUAACAACAUCACUGAGGAGUUAAACCUCAUCAUUCAUCUAACAAAACCCAUCUCUGAUGUCAAUGAUGUACAAUGGGCAGCUACUGAGGAACACAGUUGGCAAACAGAUCGUGAAAUGACAACAUGCAAUAGUACAACGUGCAAUCUCUCUAAUAAUGGCUACACCGUCAACAUAACGGCACAGAAGGCUCGUGGAAUGAUGCUUUAUGCCGUCAAUAUAAUCGGCUUAUUCUCGCUUCCGCAACACGACUACGUAAAGUACUGGGUCACCGCGCCAGGAAGGGUUCAGUGUGCCGUUAAUUCGACGGAAAUGACGGAGGAGUAUGGCACUCGUCAGCCGCCUUGGUUUUACGGCAGUGCCGAUGUCAACGCAGUGUGCAACGAGUCCAGAUGGGUGGAAAUCACUGCUGAGGUCAGCCAAUCGAUACGAGGACUGGAAGAGAUCCAGUAUAUCGUUAGUCAAUCGAGUCAAUGGCAUAGCAAACUACCCUGGACGUCAUGUACACCACAUACAUGCUCAUUGUCUACAGACGGACUAUCAGUAAAAAUAUCUACUGAGGUGACGUAUGAUGACGUCAGCUAUUCCGUCAACGUGAUUGGUCAAUACGUCACAGAAGCGGUGCCAUUUAAUUGGAGGAGACAACCUAAAAAGGUUCGAUGCGAUGGCCAACCUGUGCAAAUGAUUGGGUCCAAGGUUGAAAUCAAGUCCAAACAUUUCGUCUUUGAACUUUCCGAGCCGCUCGAUACCAAUCCUAAUCCGAGUUCUACGAGGAAAUUUGCAGCAUUCUUUUCUGAGGAAAUGAACUUAGUGAUUCCUGAGGACCGUUCUGCAGGAAUGUUUUCUCCAGUUGAUGAAGGGAGAGACAAGUUUACAGGCGUGAUGCAACUCGUUUAUGCAGGUUCUGGUACAAGGGGAGAUUUCACCCAGGUCAAUAACCUAAAGAGAUAUGCAGGGGUGUAUUCCUCGAAGCCAAAGACUAGAUUCUGUGUAGAGGCGGACAAGGGAUACAUCAGCUUCGACUGGAACAAACAAGGCAAAGACUUUUACGGUGACAAUCCAGACGAGACCAUUCUGACUGUGGUACUGCCACAUCAGGAACCACUCCUGCCGCAAGAGGGCCUCGUGGAUACACCGUUUGGGUUCAAAGGUUAUACAGGAGACUAUACAGUGAUGGAGGAAGACCUUCCAAGAGCGUCCAUGGAACCAGAUCCGAAGGCAAUCGAGAGAAUCAAAGAAGACCCAGAUAAACUACAGGAAAUACGAGAUGCCAUGGAAAAAGACUCCGCCUUCCAAACAUUGGUGAAAGACUGUAGCGACAACAGCCAACCUCAGAGUUACUGGGCGGGUAAAUCCAUCGGUAUGGUGACCAGGCUGGCAAGCAUCUCAAGAGCCUUGGGUACUGACCAUUACAUCAAACUGGACGAGGAUAUUAAGACAUGCUUGGACUUAUGGCUAGGUGUGGUCGACGGACUGACAGAGACAAACUCUUUUAGGUAUGACACAGUCUGGGGAGGAAUGUUUAUCCGAAGUGCAGAGCCAAAUCAAGAGGUGUUUCCGUGGACAAACUUUGGAUUCGUGUCUUACGCUGACCACCACUUCCAUCUUGGCUACUGGCUCUAUGCGAUUGCAUACUAUGCCACGUAUCAUCAAGAAUGGGCAAAACAGACAGAUAACUACGAUCGCAUUAUGGCUCUUGCCAGGGACGUCGGCAACCCAAGUAAAGCUGACAAGUUCUUUCCAACUGUAAGACAGAAGGACUGGUACCUAGGCUCCUCAUGGGCAACUGGAAUAGGAGGUGGUUCCAGACAAGAAGAGUCAUCCAGUGAGGCAAUUAACUGUUACCACGCCCUGGCAGCAUUGGGAGAAGCUCUCAACCACCCGACACUACGCGCAAUCGGACAACUUACAUUAGCAACCGAGAUUCGUGCGACAAGGACUUACUUUCACGUCCGCAACGACAACCAACAUCUUUUUCCGCCACUAAUAAGGAAGUACGGGGUCAUAGGUCAGCUGCAAGAGGAUGGGAUAUUCUAUUACACGUUGAAUUGGGAUUGCUCACCGAAUCAGUUUCCUCAGCGUCAUGGAUGUAUUGUUGGGAUUCAAAUCUUGCCAGUCAUUUCGGUGUCACAUCUGUAUAUGGACCAGGAAUGGGCACUGAACAUACGAGACAUAUGUACCUGGGCGAUCAACCCAUCUUCGGCUCCUGGUGCCUCAACCAUUGAUGCGAGGUAUACAUUGGACCCAGUCAUUACCAAUUGGUCGUCGUUUUGUCACGCCAUAAUGUCCAAGUGUGACGGCCAAGCACAGAUUGAGGCAGCCAGUUUCAUUAAGGGACUUGAAACCGCAGACCUGGAGCCUGGUUCGGGACUAGCGAGCAUGUUACUGUUUAUCUACGAAUCCACGUAGGGAUUAAAUGAGCUACACAUGAUUGUAAUCUUGAUAUGGAUUAAAAGGCUCGAGAUGGUUCCAAUCGCCUAAGGGAUUAUCAAGCUAGAAAUGAUUUUAAUCUUGAUAGGGAUUAAUCAACUAGAGAUGAUUCCAAUAUUCUUCGGGGAUUCACAAACUAGAGAUGCUGUUAAUAUUCUAAGGGAUUAGUAAGCCAGAUAUGAUUUCAAUACUCUUAUGAAUUAGUAUGCCAGAGAUGAUUUUAAUCUGAUUAGGGGUUAACAAACUAGUGAUGAUUUGAAGGUUAUUAGGGAUUACGAAUAAAAAUAGAGAUGAUUUCAAUCUGAUUAGGGGUUAACAAACCAGAAAUGAUGCCAAUCUUCUAAGGGGUUAACAAACCACACAUGAUUUCAAUAUUUGUAGGGAAUAGUAAGCAGGAGAUGAUUAAAUCGUCGUAUGGAUUAACAAGCUAGUGAUGAUUCCAAUCUUCGUAUGGAUUUACACACUUUUUAGAGAUAAUUUCAAUUUUCUUAAGGAUUAGUAAGCUAGAGUUGAUUGAAUCUUCUUAUGGACUAAGGGCUAGUGACGAUGUCAAUCUGAUUAUGUCAAUCACGGAAUAUUAUGCCAGAGAUGGUUGCAAUCUUUUUACGGAUAAGCAAGCUAGAGAUGAUUUCAAUCUUCCAAAAACCUAGUUGUAAGGUAUCCGGUUUACAAACUGCGCGGACUUUCUCACCUAGUGCUCAUUGUUUUGAUUUACUCUCUUAAAUAUACACCUUACUGCGUCAUAAUGACGUCAUCGUUUAGUUUGUUGAAUGACCAGUCAAACUAAUUAAUAGGUGACAGGAGUGGUUUAUUUCAAUAGGUGUACAAUAUAUAAUGGUUGAUGCUUUAUCAUAAGUUUACAAGAGCAUCAAAGUGCCUAAAACAAAAAAUAUUAAGUUUAAAUUUGCGGAAAUUGUAAUUGUUAAAUGAAUAAAUAAGCAAUUCUUCAGUUGUUAUUUGUUCAAUUUGAUUUUUAUAUGGUAAUUAAGGUACUAGUAGUAUCUUGUCAAGAGAUGCCCUGGAAUAAACAUUGUCUCUCUUUUUGUGAGAAAUGUGGUAGAAGUCUGAAUCAAUCAGUUUGUCGGGCACCACUUUAACUGCAAAGUUUCAUUUUGAUACCUGACAACUUUUGGUGCAGCCCUUGACCCCUGUAUACAUUACACAACAAUGCAAUUGACCGGAACACAACCGUCUCCUUGUCAAACAAGGUACAGAUAAUAAUUCAAGUACGUAUGUGCCGCAUGAAGGUUAGUUUAUAAUCAAGUAUUACAUUAUUAUGACGCUACUGCGUGUUGUAAUGAUACUAAGACGUAGACUGAGGACCGAAAUGAAGAAUGAACACAGUAUUGAAGAAUGAAGACAGUAAUAAAGGAACUGAAUCGUGAAGAUGGGAAUGAAGAAUGAAAACUGUACUAAAUAAUGGAGAAUAUAGACGAUGGGAAUGAAGAAUGGAGAAAGGAAUGAAGAAUGAAGAUAAGAUGGGAAUGAAG